CGAUGAUUCAUUUGGUCGACUGGAUCGAUGGGUCUUGAAGAUGAAACAAAAAAAAAAUGUGUUAAAACCCCACUUUGGGAAUUAUGAAUAUAAAUGAUUUUUAUUUAUUUUUUCGUUUAGUAUAGGUUUUGGAGUGACGGUUGUUUGUGAAAAUAUGUUGUUCGAAAAAAAAUUCACAUGGUUAAUAUCUGUGAUAAUAGUUUUUGAAGAAAUUAGAGCUGCAGAUGACGAUUACAAUGUUUUACGAACAGAUGGAUCCUAUGAUUUUGGUUACGAUAACCCAGACAGCUAUCAUUACGCCCAAGCAAACAGACGUAACGUAGUUAGAGGAGAAUUUGGGGGAAGAAAUCCGAAAACAGGUGCUAUAGACACUACCCAUUAUACUGCUGGUCCUAGAGGUUACAGACCUAGAGGUAAGAAUGUGGUAAGAAAAUAUGAUCUUAAUCAAAAUGGACCGCGAGCUAUAGGCUCUCCAGAUGAUCCAUAUUAUGAUCCCUACGAAGAUCCAAGUUACAGCUUUUCAUUCAGAACAAGAACUUAUAAUAGGGAUGAAAAUGCUAACAGAAUCGGUGAUGUUAAUGGAAGAUACUCCUAUAUUGACGACGUUGGAGAAAGACACAACGUUGAAUUCAUAGCUGGAAAAAAGACAGGAUUUCACGUAAAAACCCCUUUCCCAGAUUCAAAUCCUCGAGGUUAUGGACCGUUAUACUUUAGAGGACGUGGCAAACCUAUUCCAAGAGGGCGAACUUCAAUACAAAGAGGGUUAGAUGGAAGUUAUAAAUUUGUCUCAGCCGGUCCUGACCAAAGGCGGACGGAAACCAGUGACGCAACGGGUCACGUAAGAGGAUCAUAUACCUACUUGGAUGAUAAAGGCGUACAGCAUUCAGUCCAUUACAUUGCAGGCCCCGAAACUGGCUACAGAGUCUUAAAAAACGUAAAAGGCCCUCAUUUACCUUCUGUCUUCCCAUUUCAACACCCAGAUAUUAUUCCACCAGAUUUCUAUGACAACCCAGAGAUUUUCAAUACAGCUGCCAGUGAUCACGGUCGUGUAAAACCUAGUGCUAAACCUGGAUUCAAAGAUGAAGACAAUGGAAUAGACGAAGAUGAUGAUUUUAGCAAGACAAAACCAAGUGGUAGCAGACCUCUUUACAUAAAUAGAAAACCCCCAAUACUUCCUACAUCGCCUUUUGAUGGAGGCGACUCUGACGAUAACACAGAUUUUGAUGACCUAUUUGGAGGAGGAGGAGGAAGGGGAAGUGCAAGUUCAGGAGGAAAUCUAGACGAUGGAGGCAGUAGAGAGGCAGGUGGUGCAGCAGGCGAUGGAGGAAGUACGGGAGGAGCCAGACCAACAGGUUCUGGAGGAAGUAGGGGUUCUGAAGAAGACUCGCAUGGGAUUUCUAAAGAAGAUUCUUCCAAGGACGAUGGUUCAUAUAAACCCCCCAAAAAUGGUCAAAAUGGUCUCUAUAUACCUCCAAAACCAAGUAAGAAGCCUCCGGGCGCUUUUUCUGAUGAAGACUUUGGUUUCUCAAAUAAACAGUCACCGUCAGAAGAAAAAGAUGAUUUCGAUGCGUUUUCAGGUGGCCGACCAAAGCCUGGAAGCAAAUCUAAACCUCCUAGCAGUGGAAGUGCAAGUAAUGAAGAUGUAGACUUUGGAGGGCUCUUUGGUAGCGAAAGCAAUAGACCUAGACCUCCAUAUCGAGGCAGUACUGGGCCCGUAAUAACUAUAGGAGGUCCAAACAAAAAUUGCCCGAAAUGUGAAGGUGCUAUAGUCACCAAUAUUGGUGAUACUUAUUUAGCUGUACCGCCAAGGUCGUCAGUAAGAGCACACGUCCAAGCAAUCGAUUUGUUGCCCUACAGUUCUAGGUUUCCAGGACCCAGCGAUCAGUACAAAGCUGAUGUUAGUUUAAAUACUGAACAACUUAAUGCAGAAAAAGAUGAAAUUGUUAGUAGAACUGAUGAUAAAAAUGAGACUAAAGUAGGAGAUACAAAUGCUUUAAAAACAGAACAACUUAAGGCAAGGAAAAAUAGCGUUGUCAAUAGAAACGAUGACAGAAAGGAUGUUAUUGAUGAAGAUGGCGAUGAUGAGAGUCAAACAACAGAAGAAACAACUACAGAAAUAGUUCCUACAACUUUUUCUCCAAAAAAUACAACCGUUAAAUAAUAAAUUAAUUAAUUAAAGUAAUGGUGUAUAAUUUAAAAUACUUGCGAUAGUUGAAUAUCUUUUAAAGUUAUUUAAAAGUAACAAGAAUUUAAAAAGUGAGUGUAAAACUGAUUAAAACAAAUUAAAAUGAAUGAACUUUUUUCGUUUAGAUCUUAGAAAUCCUAUAAUUUAAAUGUCUAUUUAAUAUUUGGAUACAAAAUCAUUUAAAUUAUAGGGAGUAUAACAAGUUGUGUUGAUAUUGAUAAGUAUUAGAUUUUUUUAAUCAGAUUUGAUUAGGUGUCAUUUUGUUUGACAACGUCCAGCUUUGUAGUAUCUAAAAGAAAAUUAUAAUGUAUUGAAACAUUUUUUUUUAUACACGUAUUUUGUAGUUUUAGGAUAACAGAAUUAUUUUGUUCAUAAAAUGAAGGUAUUACACAAUUUUAAC